AUGAAAAUAAUCAGGUUACUGUGGUUAUACAAAUUAAUAACAAUUAUUUCUUCAAUUUCAACAAAUGAUGAAUUAACUUGUCGUAACAUCAACAACAACACAACAAGAAUUUGUAAAAAAAAAAAUAUACUAAUAUCAGUUGAAGAAUUAUAUCCAUCACCAUAUUUAUUUAUAAUUGAUAAAAAAAUAACAUCAAUUGCACCAAAUGCAUUUAAAAAUUUAACAAUAUUUCAUUUAACUUUUAUAUUAUGCAAUGAUAAAUUAAAUAUAGAAAUAGAUUCAUGGAAUGGUUUACCAAUGUUAAAAUCACUUGAAAUAAAAUCAGGAAUAAUACCAAUGAUACCUGGUUUAUUUAAAUCACUUGAUGAAACAUUAAAUAAAUUAACAUUAAUCAUUAAUAGAGAUGAUCAAAGUCUCAUAACAACAACAUUAAAAGGUCUCAAAAAUUUACUACACCUUAAAAUAAUAAAAAGUAAUUUAACAAUAAUUAGCUCAGAUAUGUUAAAAUUUUAUCCAAUUGUUGUUGACAUUGAAUUUGCUGAUGAUAAUAUAACGUCAAUUGAAUUACAAGCAUUUAGCUCAUUUAAAUCUUUAAAACAUUUACGUUUAUCAUCAAAUAAAUUGAAAAAUAUUCAACCUGAUAAUAAUUUACUUGAUAAUUUAAUACCUGGAGUGUUUAAAGGGCUUGAUGAAUUAUCGCUAUUAUCAAUGACUUCAAAUAAUAUUAAAAAAAUAAAAAUUGGUAUUUUUAAUGAGUUGAAAAAUUUAACAUCAUUAAAUUUGGUAGGAAAUAACAUUGAUGAUAUUGAGCCUGGUUCAUUUGAAGGACUUGAUCUUGAUUGUCUUGAAUUGGAUAAUAAUAAUUUGACAAUUAUUAAAAGUGAUACAUUUCGUGGAUUGACAAGUAGAAUAAUAAGUUUAUCGAAAAAUAAUAAUUUGGUUAUUGAAGAUAAUGCAUUUAGAAAUUCAACAAUUAUGAUAUUAUUUCUUGAAAAUACAAAUGUUGUUGUGAACAAAGAAGCUUGGGAUUUAUCUGAAUCAACAUGGAUUAAUGUAUGAAAUUCUAAAAUUUACAUAAAAAAUAUCAACAAGUAUAGUGAAUAAAUAUUAAAAUUUAAUUUAAUUUAAUUUUUAUUAUUUUGUUAAUAUAAUGGUUGAUGAUUCUGUGCAAUGACUCUUUAUUAAUCACAAAAUAAACAUUAAAUAUAUUCAAAAAAAAUAUAUUUAGAAAAAAUCUUAUCUCAGCUGGUUUGA